AUGUCGGAGUCGCCGUGUAAAGUAUCCAAGUGUGACGAAACAAAGCCUGUUUGCUCGCAUUGUAGCCGUCUUCAACUCCCCUGCAUCUAUGAUCGCGCAGUAUCCGAUAGCAACUCUUCUUCACCAACUGAAAAUGGAGGACAACAACAGAAUAAAAGCACGGUAGAAACUAUCGUUGACCCUCCCGAAUCAGAAUCUCGAAGGAAGCUGGAACUCAACCUGUUUCAUCAGUACAUGACUGACACCGGCCCAUCUAUUAUCAUGGAUUCUAUCACAUCCAAUUUCUGGAUAUCGACCAUCUGUCGCUUGGCGCUCAAAUCAGAUGCCACGCUCUACGCUAUAUACAUGGUCGCUGCGCUGCACGCCCACCAGCGCAGCAACUAUACCGACAACAAAGCCCUCGACGCAUGCCAAACCUACCUCAACAUGGCUAUCCGGGAGCACCACAAGGAUGUCGCCGACAUCAAUUCGGAUAACAUAGAGUAUAUAUGCUUGACCUCGAGUAUGCUACGUCUCUACGGCUUUGCUCAACUACAGCGCCGCUCAUUGGAGCCGUAUACGCCUCCUGUGGGCCUCUUGCGCAUUACAGGUGCCAGCACCGCGCUCUUCCGCAAAGCGUGGGAUCUCAUACAGGAUAAUACCGAGUCGGUAGCGUACAAGAUGAUCGAAAGUGCCGCGGAUCUUCUCGAGGACAACUACAGCAAAGAACUACCCGACGAUUUAAAACCCUUAAUGAACCGCGAGAAACCACACGAGCUUGAAGAGUCAUGGGACGCAGAUACAGAAGACGCCUACGCAAGAUCGCUGAGUCUCAUAGGACGCAUACGGAGCUUUAUCGAUAGGGAAAACAUCGCCAAGAGCAUCGGACGAAGAACCAUUGUCUUUCCCAUGAUGAUGCGCAUGAAGUUCUCUGAUUUGGUGGAUGAGCUUCGGCCAAGGGCGCUUGUUAUUCUGGCAUAUUACUUUGGACUCUUGUCUAUGUUGAGUGAGUUUUGGUGGAUUGGAGAUUCGGGGGCUAGAGAGAUUAGAGCGAUUGAGAAGAUCUUGCCGGAUGAGUGGCAGGGUUGGCUUGAGUGGCCGAGGAGUAUAUUGCAGGAGCAAGAUGUUGUGAUGGAUGGUGGUGAAUAG